GGGCAGAAUACCCCUUUGGGCAAGGUUUGACCAUUGGGGCAAGUGUGUUUACAUGAUGGAAUUUGUCUCCAGGGCAGAUUGCCCCAGGAACAAAACAUGUAAACUAGGCUAGACGUGUUAUCUGAUAAUAUCACCAUGACCUCCAACACUAUACAUAGCGCCACACCAGUUUUGUCAACAUCAUCCAAUAGUGUUUGAAUGUUAUCUUAAACAUAUAAUCUGAUAAUGUCACCCUGACCUCUAACUAACUAUGCACAUGUUUCAAGUAUGUCAACUGUAAACAAUUAUAUUCGACUUAGCCUGCUCAACAGUUUUCUAGUUCACCCGCACUUCAUUUGUAUACUGAGACCCGUCUAAUAUUUUCAAGAAAUUUCGGGAUUAAAGUCGCACGGCGAACAGAGAUCUGGGAACCAACCCGGUGGGUGAAGAUGCAGCUGCCCUGGUUCAUCGAUGAGUGGGACUCGCUGUUCUGGCAGAAGGUUGCGGGAUUUGCCACCAGUGUUUGUCUUGGCUGGUACAUUUUUCACCGGGUCGUGCGGAACAAGAAACUGCACGAUCGCAUCCAACAGAAACAAAAUGAAGUUAGAAAAUCAUGUCAGGACUUGGUGGAAAGACUUAGAACAGAAGGGCUGACAGUGCCUCACCGAGAGCGGAUUCUGAGUCUGUCAUUGGCUGAACUGCAGGCACAGCUCCAGUCAGGGCAGCUCAAGUGCAUGGAGGUGUUACGAGCUUACCAGUCAAAGGCGAUGGAGAUGAACGAGAAGCUGAACUGUGUGGUUGAGCCGCUGAUGGAAGCUGAGGAACAGGCUGCUAAGCUGGAUCGUCAGAGGAGCAAGAAAGGACCGCUUCAUGGGGUCCCGAUCAGCAUCAAGGAGGCCUUCUAUGUCAAGGGAUACGACUGUACGGCAGGGAUGCAGCACUUCAUACACAAGCCUCUGGACCACGAUGCUCCUUACAUACAGGUGUUGAAAUCUCAAGGCGCCAUUCCGUUUGUCCGCACCAACAUUCCCCAGACUAUGAUGACAUUCGACAGCUCCAAUCCUAUAUAUGGGGAGACUCUAAACCCUCACGAUCUGUCCCGUAGCCCUGGUGGUUCAUCAAGUGGUGAGGGGGCGCUCAUUGCGUCAGGGGGAUCCUGUCUGGGUUUGGGGAGCGACAUUGGCGGCAGUAUCCGUAUCCCGUCCCACAUGUGUGGUGUGUGUGGCCUCAAACCGACCGUGGAGAGACUAGGGUCAUCAGGGAUGUUUCCACUGGGCAGUGGUCAAACCUUGGUACAGGUGGCGGCAGGUCCGAUGGCUAAAGACGUUGACAGCCUGAUGAUGUGCAUGAAGGCUUUACUGGUCCCUGCCCUCAGCAAUGCCUGGCCUUUGGUUCAGAUUGUGCCCUUUGACACCGAGAUUUAUGAGAGCAGGAAGUCAUUACGUAUUGGCUACUUUAAAAGCAAUGGUUUCCUGGAACCUGUCCCUGCAGUGGAGAGAGGUGUGGACAUGGCCGUUGUAGCACUGAAGAAGAGAGGUCACACCGUGGUGAAGUUUGAGCCUCCACGGGUGAGGUACAUGUUUAAUGACCUCUUUACGAAGGCUGUGUUUGGAGAUGGCGGGGCAGAAGCUAACUCCUAUCUGGACAAUGAUGUGUUGGACCCCAGCUGUCGACUUAGUUACUACGUCCUCAAGAUCCCAUACUUAGUGAAGCUGCCUCUCAGCCUGCUGGUGCAGCUCAUUGAUGCAGAUGCUGCGGAGACGAUCAAACUGAAACAGGAAACCGUGCCACAGUGGUUCAAACUAGCAGAGGAUAUAGAGGCUUACAAACUGGAGUUCUUGGCAGCCAUGACAAAACAGAAACUUGAUGUCAUUCUGUCGCCAACAAUGGCACUUCCUGCCAUACCCCUUGGCAAGGCAGCUGAGAGCACAGCUGCUGUUACGUACACCACCCUCUACAAUGUGCUCAACUUUCCUGCUGGCAGUCUGCCUGUAACCAAGGUUACUGAAGAUGACCAAAAGAAGUUAGAGGAGGUUUAUCCAACAAAUACCAUCCAUGAAAAGAUGACCAAAAAGAUGUCUAGAGGAAGCGAUGGCCUGCCAGUCAGUGUCCAGUGUGCAGCCCGGCCCUUCCAGGAGGAGCUCGUUCUGAGAGUUAUGAAGGACAUCGAACAGGAAGUGAAGUACAAGUGAACAGCAUUCUGGGAGUAACCUUGCACAUGGACUAACACUUUUACACAAGAGAUCAAAUGAAUUCCACAACUAGACUUGUCUAAUAGUUGAUCACUCAGUUAUCUUAGCGCUAAAGUGAUCAGAACUGCAAAUACUUUAAAAUAAGAUUAUUGAUUGAUUUUAGGUUAAAGUAUUUAAGAUAUGAUGGUCUUGAUCACUUCAUGGAACAGGACUCAGACCCCGUCUGGUAGUUGACCAGUUGUCGCCAUUUUCUUUUAAUGUUAUUUCUGAAAUAUUCCGUGUAUGGAUUUGGCACUUUUGAUAACUAGAUUUUUGUCAAAUAAUCGCAGUUGCAUAUAUUUUUGUCCAUGGAAAGUUUGAGUAGAAUUUUCUUAUAAUGCAAUGAGACAAAAGCAUAAUGGUGGAAACAGAAAUUUCCAUUGGACUCUAUGUACUAGUUAUCGCCAUCUCUAAACAGCAUGUGAUAAUGUGCACCGAUUCAGUUAUAUAAACUGAAAUUUUAAUUAAAUCUGGUAUCACUUCUUUUCAAUGAAAUGUCAAAGAAAUGUUUCAACAAUUUGCCGUCUGCCACCUGACAUGAACCAAAUGCGAUCUACGCAUGAUACAAUGGCAAUAACUGGUCCUUAGUUACAACUGGUUGCUAGGUAUCUGGGUUAGAGUCCUGGCCCUGUUCCUCAAAGCGAUUGUAGCGCUACGACAGUCGUAAGUCUAUGUUAAAGUGUGGGAGUUAGCUCUAUGAUUGCUUUGUGGAAUGGGCACCUGAUCUUUUUUCAGUAUUGCGCAAGAAUGACAAUUGUAACUGUACUCCGACAUCACUUGAUGGUGCUAGCUGGCUUGUUUAACAACAGCUUGAGUCUGGCUAUGGAUGUCUGUUGUAUAAUCUGUAUGGUUCCUCUCAUGUAUUAUAUUGUUUGCUUGUGUAAAUUGGGGGAAUGUGACUUAGAUGUGUAGAAACCUAUAGAAAUAGUCAUGGUGAGCUUAGUCUCUAGAAUUAGUCCUUGAAGUAGUGAAAAACUACGAUUUCUUGCCAAAAUGUAGCAAGUGUUACAAAAAACCAAAAGUCUGAUAUGAACUGUGGUCAUGUUGGAUAUAACACUAGGUGGCAUCUUGUGAGGCUGAAUAUGAAGGACGUGUCUUGGACACAGGCUCAGGACUAUGAAACCUGAGCACCAGUUAUUUUUGUUGUCCAUAAAUACUUUGUAAAUGUCCCGUUUUAUCUGUUAUCCAUGCUUGUUGACUGACAUAGUACAUAAACUAAGGCCUUCCGAGUUGUGUUUCUCGGUAUUCCUGGUAGAAAAAAAGUCC